AUGGUAACCGCAUGGAUUACCAUCGUUGUUUUGCUGGUCAUAUCAUUCUUCGCGACGCGUCGAAUGAGCGAAGUGCCCACAGGCUUGCAGAACCUCGUCGAAGUCUUCAUCGAGUUCUUCCUGGACUUGUGCGAGCGCAUCGCAGGCGCGCAGCGGGCGCGCCGUUUCUUCCCCCUCGUGAUGACUAUCUUCCUGUUCAUCAUGGUCUCCAACUGGGUCGGCAUCCUUCCGGGCUUCGGCACUGUCGGCUGGAUAGAGUCACCGGAAGAGCGCAGCGCCAACACCGAUGUGAACACCACGCUGUCGAUUGCGCUGAUAGCGAUGGUUAUGAUUCACUUCUGGGGCUUCUCCACGCUGGGCAUCUUCGGUCAUCUAGGCAAGUUCAUAAACUUCAAGGAAGGCCCCAUCGGGUUCUUCGUGGGAAUACUCGAAGGCAUCAGCGAGUUUGCGAAAAUUGUCAGCUUCACCUUCCGGCUGUUCGGCAACAUCUUUGCCGGCGAGGUGCUGCUGGUAGCGAUGGCGUUCCUGUUCCCGCUCAUCGGCAUCAUCCCAUUCCUGGGGCUGGAGCUGUUCGUGGGGGCAAUCCAGGCGUUCAUCUUCGCCAUGCUCACUCUGGUUUUGCGGUCAUGGCAACGACCGCACACGGCGGCGAGGAGCAUCACUAGCCUUAAAAUGCGCAGUACCUGA